AUGGAGAUCAGUGCUAUAAACGAGGGAUAUACCAUGUCGGAACGAACGGAAAACAAUAAGUACCUCGAUGUACCCGGGACAAGAAUCACUUCGUCAAAUGUAGAAAAGCGAAGACCUUCCAAUGAAACAAAUGUAAAGACUGACGAGGUCCAGCGUAGUUGUGUUACCAUUCCAGAAGAGGAAGAAAAAGUCAAGCAGAUGACAACUGAUCUUAUCUACAAGAUUAGCUCCUAUGUUCCUCCACAUCUAACUCUCAUGUUUGCCUUCCAGCAAGCUCUGUUAUCCCUGUCUGGUUCUCUGGCCGUAUCCCUGUUAGUAGCAGAAGUGGUGUGUGCUGAGGACAACGACGAAUUCAAAGCCAAACUCCUGAGUUCUACCCUGUUCAUGAAUGGCGUCACUACAUUUUUCAUGGUCACUCUUGGAAUAAGAUUACCGUUGUACCAGGGAGCUACACCUGAUUAUGUGGCACCACUUCUGGCUAUGUCACAGAUAGACAAAGGAAAAUGCAACGGUACACGACCGAUCAGCGUUUUCAACAACGUCACCAAUACAACGGAGAGAAGCUUCCCAGAGGGUUCCGAAGAAAUCAUACUUCAUUCAAUACAGUCUUUACAGGGAAGUUUAUUAGCCGCCGGUGCUGUCCAUUUCCUAUUAGGAGCGACUGGAUUGGUUGGAGUUUUGCUGCGGUUUAUAGGACCGAUAACUAUUGUUCCAACCAUUCUUCUUAUUGGUAUAUACAUGACACACGCAGUGAUAAAGUUUGCUCAAGUCAACUGGCCACUGUCAUUGAUGACAUGUGCUUUAGCCAUAAUACUGUCACUAUACAUGGCGGAGAUGAAAACGCCCGUACCGAUAUGGUCUAGAAAGAAAUCCUGGCAUAUUAUUCGGUACCCACUUCAUCAGGUGUUCGCAAUCCUGAUAGCCUUGGUGAUAGGCUGGGUGAUGUGUGCAGUUCUGACGACAGCAGGUGUGUUUAAUACGGACCGAAAUCACAGAGACUUCUACUCCCGAACAGAUGCUAGGACGGAUAUUGUUCAUAAAUCUAACUGGUUCUACUUUCCUUAUCCUGGACAGUUUGGACCGAUGCGAUUUGAUGUAUCCGUCUUUGUUGGUUUCAUAGUAGCAACUAUUGUUUCUAUCCUGGAUUCUAUUGGGGACUAUUACGCAUGCGCCUCAAUCUGUAAAGUCCCUCCCCCUCCUACACACGGUGUAAACCGUGGUAUUGCAAUCGAGGGGUUCUGUUCAGUACUAUCUGGUAUAGUCGGAUGUGGACAUGCCACCACCACCUACGGUGGAAAUAUAGGAGCUAUAGGACUGACUCGGGUUGCCAGUCGUCAUGUGUUCAUGGUAGUAGCCCUGAUCUACGUAGUGUUUGGCCUAAUUGGAAAAGUAUCCGCCAUUUUCAUCACAAUUCCGUAUCCAGUGUUAGGAGGCGUUCUAAUCGUUAUGUUCGGUGCCUUCAAUGGAGUCGUCUUAUCCAACCUAAAGUGCGUCAAUAUGUCAUCCACUCGGAACCUCACUAUCAUCGGAACAUCUCUAAUCGUAGGCUUGAUGGUGCCACAGUGGAUACGAGAAUACGACAACCCAAUUGACACAGGAAAUAAGGAGGCAGACGAUGUGAUAACAAUGUUGCUUGGUAACCCUAACUUAACGGGUGGUUUACUGGCCUGCUUUCUCGACAAUACUAUUCCAGGCACAAGGGAAGAACGAGGUAUUGCGGCGUGGGAAGCCAUUGAAGAAAGUCCAUCCUCAAAAUAUUCGGAGGGGUAUGAGGUAUAUGAACCUCUACUGUUCGACAAGCUAAAACAUUUCAAAAUACUAAGGUUCCUUCCAUUCAUGCCUGCUCCUCAAGAGAAAGAUUUGAAAAAUGAGAGGUCAUUGUCUAUUGAUCAAGGUAAUCUCAAUGGCAUCACCAGUUUCUAA